UCCGUCUGUACACAACAUAAGGGAAAACCUGCGUAUGCUACUCCAAUAGAGUCCUCGCGCUAGAGGUUAUCUCGGUUUCCGCGUUUAUCCUGCCCAUAUCCCGUCUUUUCGGCCAUGUUGGUCUCCUCCGCGGCUCUCGGCUGCAGAGUUCUGGCCGCUCUGCGCUGCCUGCCCGCCGGCUACACCGCCUCCAGAAGCACCGCUAACGUCACAUUCCAGGGCCAGAGCCCGGUCCCACGUGUCCGUGAAUACUUCUACUACUUGACCACCAAGACAGGUGAGACCUUUUCCUCGAUGACACUAAGUGAGAACUUCGUCACCUGCUUCAAAGACGUGAAGUUCCUGACCUUCUUCUUCAGUCGGCUGUGCUCCAAUCAGAGCGGUCGCUAUGAGGAGGACUUCCCCUUCUUGUCCCUGUGUGGCAGGGAGAGGAACUUCGUGCGCUGUGAUGACCGUCCCAUGGUCUUCACCCACCUGCUGCAGAGUCCCGCGACGUCGCCGGGAAUCAUGGGAGAUCGGGAGCUGCUGUCGUACUGCGGGGGGGCGGAGAAGCUGUCUGCCCCGUUCCGCCCGGAGGCGCUGUACAUGCAUCCAGUCAGCGGGCGCGUUUACCACCCCUGCUCGGAGCGCGGAGGGGGGGUCGGCCUGGUCAGGUCGGCUCUGGCCAUCGAGCUCAGCCCCUUCUUUGUUUACGCUCCGGAGCACGGCCAAUCGGGACAGCCGACACACUUUCUCUGGGGCGGACAGAAGCACACGCUGACCAAUGAGCUCGCGGGAUGCUUUCCCACUGUGGAGGAGGCCAGUGGGCAGAAGGAUGAACUGGGAUAACAACCAGAACUGGUCAAAAGUGUGACUAAGAUUUUUCAAAUGCUGUCUAUGUAAGCCAUCAGUGUUCCGUACUGCCACUGGGAAAAGACGACCACGUUCUCACAGUUGUAAUCACUAUGUGAUCGUUACUGUUGUAGCCAGAGCCGAUGUUUCCUCCUAUCCUAGUGUACGUGAUGUGUGAGAUUUACGCUGAGGAUGCAGAGUGUGCCUGGCGUUUUUGUGGCUUUAGACUACUCAAACAUAGCAGUGUCUCUCCUCAAUACAGGUUGCAGUUUAAAGAAAAAAGAAAAUUAAUCUGAAUCAUAUUUGUGGUCCUAAAGAGGAAUAACUAUCCAGAAAGUCACUAUAAAAAAGCAAAGAUUAGGGUACCGUCUAGAAAGAGUAACACACAAUACCUUUUCUGCUUUCUUUUCCUGUUAAUCCUUAAAGAAAGUUCUAUUUUUCAUCCGGACCCUGAGGUUGGAGAGGCUAAAACUACAGCGGUUGAGAGGCAGCAAGAGACUGAAAGGUGCUUUUUGUUUUAGUUUUAAUUUUGUGACACAAAUUCAACACAAGGACAACAGAUGUUUAUUCUCUAACUUUUCUCACUGCUGUCCUUUUAAGCAAGGUUCUGUCACGUGGAAAUCCGAUUUAGACGAAACCUUAAAUAACCCAAAGUAAAAAGAAGGUGAAUAUAACAAAGUCGCUCAAUAGAAGAGAGCUGUUACUUUGCACGUUGGGAACAGAUGGUUGUACAUUAAACAAUAAUACAUAGUCUACUAAUAUAUAAGAUAAUAUAUCGUAAUAUAAACAACCUGUAUGAUUUACAGAGUAGCAAAUAUCUGCAUCAGAGCGUAAUACAGAAUUUUGCUCUAAACGUCAUUAUAUUUGCAUUCAUAGAAAUUACAGAUUUGAAUCAAAUAGUUUAGUAUUCAUGUUCUUGAAAUACGAUUAAAAAAACACAGAAUUGAACCUUUAAAUAUAUAUUUAUGUGAAAAACAAGGAACAUGUUCUUUGGCAAAAACAAGAAUAAGCUACUGAGUGUACACAGAUCCUUGUUUAAUAAAGGGAGAUACUC